AUGGAUUCUGCCGAUCUAUUCGAUGUUUUCGAAGAAGCACCAGCUGAACUUCCUGUGGAUAGUAAAGCAGAAAACAGUACUACAGACGUAGAAAAUAGUCAAGAUCGUCCUCAGGUUAAGAAACAUGACCUUGAAGAAGAAGAAAUUAACGGUGAGAAAAAGAAAGUCAAGUCUAACAAGAGCAAAACGGAAGAUAAAGCCAAGAAAGCUGUAGUACCUGUUUUGGCGGAUUCCUUCGAGCAAGAAGCCUCUAGAGAAGUGGAUGCGUCCAAAGGAUUAACAAACUCUGAAACUUUACAAGCCGAACAAGAUGGUAAAGUCAGAUUAUCACAUCAAGUUCGUCAUCAGGUCGCGCUACCACCAAACUAUGACUAUACGCCUAUCGCUGAGCAUAAGAGAGUCAAUGAAGCUCGUACUUAUCCCUUCACAUUAGACCCUUUCCAAGACACUGCAAUCUCUUGUAUAGAUAGGGGUGAAUCUGUGUUGGUUUCCGCGCAUACUUCGGCUGGUAAAACAGUUGUGGCUGAAUAUGCCAUUGCACAGUCUUUAAGAAACAAACAGAGAGUCAUUUAUACCUCUCCCAUCAAGGCUUUGUCAAACCAAAAAUAUAGGGAGCUGUUAGCCGAAUUUGGGGAUGUCGGUUUGAUGACUGGUGAUAUUACAAUUAAUCCGGAUGCGGGUUGUUUGGUGAUGACUACCGAAAUUUUGAGAAGUAUGUUAUAUAGAGGCAGCGAGGUAAUGAGAGAAGUUGCAUGGGUCAUUUUCGAUGAAGUGCAUUACAUGAGAGACAAAGAAAGAGGCGUUGUGUGGGAAGAAACAAUUAUUUUACUUCCAGAUAAGGUCCGUUAUGUAUUUUUAUCUGCUACUAUUCCAAAUGCAAUGGAAUUUGCCGAAUGGAUAUGUAAGAUCCAUUCUCAACCAUGUCAUAUUGUCUACACCAAUUUCCGUCCAACUCCUUUGCAACAUUACUUGUUUCCUGCUCAUGGAGAUGGUAUUUAUCUGGUUGUUGAUGAAAAAAGUACUUUCAGAGAGGAGAAUUUUCAAAAGGCAAUGGCAUCAAUAAGUAAUCAAAUAGGUGACGAUCCAAAUUCCACUGACUCGAGGGGGAAGAAGGGUCAGACCUAUAAAGGUGGUUCUGCUAAAGGUGACGCAAAAGGUGAUAUUUAUAAGAUUGUAAAAAUGAUAUGGAAAAAAAAAUACAACCCAGUUAUCGUAUUUUCAUUCAGUAAGCGUGAUUGUGAAGAAUUAGCGUUGAAAAUGUCCAAACUAGAUUUCAACUCUGAUGAUGAAAAGGAUGCUUUGACAAAGAUUUUCAAUAAUGCUAUUGCACUUUUACCGGAGACAGACAGGGAGUUACCACAAAUUAAACAUAUUUUGCCAUUAUUAAGAAGAGGUAUUGGUAUCCAUCAUUCUGGUCUACUGCCCAUCUUAAAGGAAGUUAUUGAAAUUUUGUUUCAAGAAGGGUUUUUGAAAGUGCUGUUCGCAACAGAAACUUUUUCUAUAGGAUUAAAUAUGCCUGCUAAAACUGUUGUCUUUACAUCUGUGAGAAAGUGGGAUGGCCAACAGUUCCGCUGGGUUUCAGGUGGUGAAUAUAUUCAAAUGUCUGGUCGUGCAGGUCGUCGUGGAUUAGAUGAUCGUGGUAUCGUUAUCAUGAUGAUCGAUGAGAAAAUGGAACCCCAAGUGGCUAAAGGUAUGGUUAAGGGCCAAGCUGAUAGGUUGGAUUCGGCUUUCCAUUUAGGAUAUAACAUGAUUUUGAAUUUGAUGAGAGUGGAAGGUAUUUCUCCUGAAUUUAUGUUAGAGCAUUCUUUCUUUCAGUUCCAAAAUGUUAUUUCAGUGCCAGUCAUGGAAAAGAAACUGGCUGAACUAAAAAAGGAGUCUGAAGGUGUUGAAGUCGAGGACGAAGAAAAUGUUAGGGAGUAUUAUGAGAUUGAGCAAGCUAUCAAGAGUUACCGCGAAGAUGUUCGUCAAGUUAUCACACAUCCAGCAAACGCUUUAAGUUUUCUACAGCCGGGUAGAUUAGUUGAAAUUUCUGUUAAUGGUAAGGACAACUAUGGUUGGGGUACUGUUGUUGAUUUUGCCAAAAGAAUCAACAAACGAAACCCAACUGCUGUCUAUACGGAUCAUGAAUCCUAUAUUGUUAAUGUGCUCGUUAAUACCAUGUAUGUGGACUCACCUGUCAACUUAUUAAAACCCUUCAACCCGACCUUUCCAGAAGGAAUUCGUCCAGCUGAGGAAGGUGAAAAAAGCAUAUGUGCCGUCAUUCCUAUAACCUUAGAUUCAAUUAAAUCAAUCGGUAAUUUAAGAUUAUACAUGCCUAAGGAUAUCAGAGCCAGCGGCCAGAAAGAAACUGUUGGGAAGUCUUUAAAGGAAGUAAAUCGUAGAUUCCCUGCCGGUAUCCCUAUGCUUGAUCCUGUCAAAAACAUGAAGAUCGAGGACGAAGAUUUUUUGAAGCUAAUUAAGAAGAUCGAUGUUUUGACUACAAAGUUAUCCUCCAAUCCCUUAACCAAUUCUAUGAGGCUAGGUGAAGUAUAUGGUAAAUAUUGCAGGAAACAUGAUUUACAAGAAGAAAUGAAACGAUUAAGACGCAAAAUUUCAGAAUCUCAAGCCGUUAUCCAAUUAGAUGAUCUUCGUCGCCGUAAAAGAGUUUUGCGUCGUUUAGGGUUCUGCACUCCUAAUGAUAUUAUUGAACUAAAAGGUAGAGUUGCAUGUGAAAUCUCCAGUGGUGAUGAACUAUUACUAACAGAAUUGAUUUUCAAUGGUAAUUUCAAUGAGUUGAAACCAGAACAAGCUGCUGCAUUGUUAUCAUGCUUUGCAUUCCAGGAGCGUUGCAAGGAAGCACCUAGAUUGAAGCCAGAGCUUGCCGAACCUUUAAAAGCUAUGAGAGAAAUUGCUGCUAAGAUUGCUAAGAUAAUGAAGGAUUCCAAAAUUGAAGUUGUAGAAAAGGAUUACGUUGAAAGUUUCAGACAUGAGUUAAUGGAAGUAGUAUAUGAAUGGUGUAGGGGAGCUACGUUUACCCAAAUUUGUAAAAUGACUGAUGUUUACGAAGGUUCGUUAAUUAGAAUGUUCAAGAGAUUAGAAGAAUUGGUAAAGGAACUCGUGGACGUCGCCAAUACCAUCGGUAACUCCUCCCUCAAGGAAAAAAUGGAAGCUGUCUUGAAACUAAUUCAUAGAGAUAUCGUUUCUGCCGGAUCUUUGUAUUUAUAG